CAGCGGAGGGUGCGACGGCCCCGCGACUCACUGACGCCAGCGCGAGUAGACCCAAGACGGGCAGCCGUAUGAAAGCACUGGAGGCAAGAUUGAAAGCGGCACGGAAGGUGGUUCGAGUUGAAGCGAUCCUUGGUUUUGGGACACUGAAGCUGGCAGCUCCAUCUUUCACCCCCCACAAGAAGAAGCAACAUCCCUCCUUCGACGCUCACCCUUUCCCUCUUCUCCCUGGACUAUCCCUCCCCAGUUUCCUGAAACUCCUUCACACACACACACACACACACACAUACACACACGCAAUCAGACACGCACGCACAGCUGUCCGUCCCUCCAAAAAAGCCUCCGCGUGGGACCGAUAGGAGGAGGGAGGGUUCCCCGUCCGAAAAAUGAACGUCACGUCGCUCUUCUCCUUCACCAGCCCGGCCGUGAAGCGCCUGCUGGGCUGGAAGCAGGGGGACGAGGAGGAGAAGUGGGCCGAGAAGGCGGUGGACGCCCUGGUCAAGAAGCUCAAGAAGAAGAAGGGCGCCAUGGAGGAGUUGGAGAGGGCCCUGAGCUGCCCCGGCCAGCCCAGCAACUGCGUCACCAUCCCUCGCUCCCUGGACGGACGGCUCCAGGUGUCCCACCGGAAGGGCCUGCCGCAUGUCAUCUACUGCCGGGUGUGGCGCUGGCCCGACCUGCAGUCGCACCACGAGCUCAAGGCGCUGGAGUGCUGCGAGUUCCCCUUCGGCUCCAAGCAGAAGGAUGUCUGCAUCAACCCCUACCACUACAAGAGGGUUGACAGUCCAGUGCUGCCCCCGGUGUUGGUGCCGAGGAACAGCGAGUUCAACGCCAAGCACAGCAUGCUGCCGCGCUUCCGCAACCCCUUGCACCAGACCGAGCCUCACAUGCCGCAGAAUGCCACCUUCCCAGAAUCCUUUUCCCAGGCCAACACGCUGCCGCCAGCCUUCCCCCCGACCUCUCCAGUAAACAGCUACCCCAGCUCUCCUGGCAGUGGGAGCAGCGCCACCUUCCCUCACUCCCCCAGCAGCACUGACCCAGGAAGCCCCUUCCAGAUGCCAGAGACCCCCCCUCCUGCCUACAUACCCCCGGAGGAGCAGAUGACUCAGGACUGCCCCCAGCCCAUGGACACCAACCUGCUGGUCCCGGCCCUUCCCCUGGAGAUCAGCAACCGGCCAGAUGUUCAGCCCGUGGCGUACGAGGAGCCUAAACACUGGUGCUCCAUCGUGUACUACGAGCUCAACAACCGUGUCGGCGAGGCCUUCCAGGCAUCCUCCACCAGCGUGCUGGUGGACGGCUUCACAGACCCCUCCAACAACCGCAACCGCUUCUGCCUGGGCCUCCUCUCCAAUGUCAACCGCAACUCCACCAUCGAGAACACCCGGCGGCACAUCGGCAAAGGCGUCCAUCUGUACUACGUGGGCGGGGAGGUUUACGCCGAGUGCCUCAGCGACAGCAGCAUCUUCGUCCAGAGCCGCAACUGCAACUACCACCACGGCUUCCACCCCACCACCGUGUGCAAGAUCCCCAGCGGCUGCAGCCUCAAGAUCUUCAACAACCAGGAGUUCGCCGAGCUCCUCGCCCAGUCCGUCAACCACGGCUUCGAGGCCGUCUACGAGCUCACCAAGAUGUGCACCAUCCGCAUGAGCUUCGUCAAGGGCUGGGGGGCAGAGUACCAUCGCCAGGACGUGACUAGCACCCCCUGCUGGAUCGAGAUCCACCUGCACGGGCCCCUGCAAUGGCUGGACAAGGUGCUCACACAAAUGGGCUCUCCCCUCAACCCCAUCUCCUCCGUGUCCUAAACUCAGCUAUCCCCAGGCCUGUUGGCUGUCUAAACCCAGCAUUUAGGUUCCGGUGUCGGGCGAGGGGGAGGGGGGGGGGUGGUGGUGGGUAUAGUCUGAUCCUGGAUCUGUUUUAUUUCCGUCAAAGCAAGAUGAUUUUGACUGGAACAUAUUCAGAUUUUGUGGCUAGACAAGGGGCGGGUUGUUUUGGGCGGGAUUUGGGUUUGUACUCUACUUGAAGGAUGUCUGAAUCAGGCACAUUUGCAGAUUCACAGACGGACAUGGCAGGGGAUGGGGCAAGUGAGAUAGAAGCAACUGGAAGAUACUUGAUCACUGUGACCAACUGUAAUAAUCAGGCCAUCACACUCAUCUUCAACGCAGGUAUCCUCCCUGAUCUGAUCUUGACACCGCAGUUUAUACUCUCUUCUUUUUACUUUUCCUUCUCUUCCCUUGAUCCCAGUUUACAUCCCAGUUUUCAUUGGACCCUCGGAUAUUCCCGGGAGGGUUAAUGACUGCCAGGUCGUUACAAAUAAGCAUGUACAGGGUCGUGGGUGGGGGAGGAGGCAGGUGACCAAUAUAGGUGGGCGGGGGAAAGAUGAAUUAAUUGUAGCGGUGUUAAGUUUCUUAUAAACAUAUUUAGAGGGUAUGAAAAUAACCAAGGUCAAUAAUCAACAAGUGUCUUCUCAGACAUCAAAUUGCGUUCAUUCAUUUUUUUGGUUUGGCAUACAGAACAUGUAGCAAGGUUUUCAGAUGAACGCCCUUCGUCAGUUUAUGACAAAUAUUCUCGUAUG